AUGGGCUCGGUGCGUCCGAGCAGUGGCAGAGGAAAGGGGCUGUGGGGGUGUGCGGAAGCAUCCCCUUGCUCCCGAAAGCACCCCCUGCCUCCACGCCCAUCUCAUCAACCCAACCUCUAUGCCAACUCCGGAUUCCAUCGUGCCCUUCUCAUCUUCGCCAAUGUCUGUUGCCACUCCAACGUCGUUGCUUGGAAGCCCGUCAUCGCCCACAUCUCCCGCUCCUGCCAGCUCCUUGACGCCCUCUCCCUCUUCCCCCAGCUCCACGCCUCCACCGCCUCCACCGCCCCCACUCCCACACCUUCUCCUCCAUCCUUCCCGCUUGCACCGACGCAGACCUCUUUGACAGCCAAGUCCACGCCCUCAAUCGGAUUUGGGAGAGUGGUGCAUGAUUUGGUGGUUAAGCUUGCAAUGGAGUCGUCUUUGGCCUAUGUGAGGAACUCACUCAUUGGCAUAUACUGUAAAUGUGGGUUCUUGGAAGAAGUUGCGAAGGUGUUCGAGAGAUGCUCCAACAGAGAUGUUGUGACUUGCAAUGUUAUGAUGAUGGGUUGGAUUAAAGCUUGCAACCGUAAUGAGCUUGUCAACCAGGGAUUCAAGUACUAUACUUGUAUGGUAGACUUGCUUGGACAAGCUGGUUGCUUGGAUGAAGCAAUGCAAGUCAUUGAUGCAAUGCCAAUACAUCCUGAUUCAUCUGUGUGGGGUUCUUUGCUUGCAGCUUGUAGGAAGUUUAGUAACUUGGAACUUAGUAGGAAAGUGGCACAAAAUCUCUUUAUGAUCGAACUCCAUAACUUUGGAAACUAUGUAUGCAUUGCAUGGAAUGUUGGAAGAAGCUAA